CGCGGUGUAAAAAAAACCAGAUCUUUGUUGAGAAUGUCGUUUGAAGGCCUCCUGUUGCAUCGACCAUUCACAAACUAAAAAGGAAAUGUCAAUUGGAAUCGCAAUUGUGAGAGAAUUCACCGAGUGCGCAGAACAUUAACACAAUUUUUACUAUGUUCUGUAAUUAACGUCACCAUAUGUGAAUCCGACCAACUUUUGUUUUUAAAAAAUUUGCAAUAAAAAAUCUAUCAUUGACGCGACUAGGUGUUAAAACGUGCGUGUAAUUUAAUCCAUCUUCGUACUACAGUUACUAUACUUAAAUCGCCGAAAAAAUGGCCGAAUAUGCUCGAGGUUCGAUUAAAAAGGAUACGAGUCAUAUGGAAAAAAGAGAGGAGUUCGUCGGGAUGUUGAAAGAAAAUCAAAAUAAAUCCGCCGUCAAGCAAGAAGGCAACAAGCUACCUCAAUAUGUUUGUGCUAUUAUUGCUUCGAUUGGCGCAUUCGUAAUUGGCACAGUACUAGCAUGGACUUCGCCGACUUUGAAGUUACUGGAAACUGAAAAUUCGACGGCUCAACUUCAUAUUGCGCCUGAAAAAACCGAUGAAAAUACUUUUCAAAGAAUGUGGAUAAGUGCGUUGACUCCGUUAGGAGCUAUACUUGGGGCUCUUCCAGCUGGAUAUUUCGCCGAUUUAUUAGGAAGGAAGAAAACUAUGAUUUUUUUCACAGUCCCGUGGAUAGUCUCAUGGGCACUUUUGAUCUUCGGAACGAGUGUCGCCGUUAUAUACAUUUCGCGAUUCCUCACUGGUAUUAUUACUGGAUUAUUUUGCGCUGUUUUACCUUUGUACGUGAAUGAAAUAUCCGAGGAUUCAGUCAGAGGCUCACUCGGAACACUCUUUCAAGUAUUUCUCACUCUUGGAAUAUUAUUCGAUUAUACGUUAACUCUUACCCAUUCGUACUUGAUUGUGAACUUGGCAUGCGGAGCGGUCACUGUAUUAUUCUUCGCUGUUGCCUUCUUGUUACCCGAAUCUCAUGUUUAUCUGAUGAAAAAGAAUAACAGACCAGAAGCUGAAAAGAGUUUGAGACGAUUGAGAGGACCUUAUUUCGAUAUUCACGUCGAAUUGAACGAAUUACGUAAAAAUUUGGAAAAUGCCGGCGAGCAGUCGUUAUCUUACAGCGAAAUGUUCACACCUGUUAAUAUAAAAGCUUUGGCCAUCGCUCUUGGCUUGAUGCUUAGUCAACAAUUAUCCGGUAUCAACGCUGUGAUCUUUUUCGCCGAGGAUAUCUUCACAAUCGCUGGUGUCAAAAAUGCAGCCCUAUGUACCAUUGGAAUGGGAGUUGUACAAAGUAUGGCUACCGUCGCAUCCAGCGUUUUAGUCGAGAAAGCUGGCCGUAGAUUACUGUUAUUGAUUUCCAGUAUUGGUAUGGGUGUUACUUUGAUCGUUUUGGGUUAUUAUUUCAAAAUAAAAGAUGACCCGGCAAAUGCAUCUCUCGGUUGGUUACCUAUCGUCUGUUUAUUCUUCUUCAUCAUUGUAUUCUCAUUGGGUCUCGGACCUUUACCAUGGAUGAUGUCGGGCGAAUUACUAUCUCCGGAAAUCAAAAGUUUCGGAUCCGGAGUAGCAGUAGCAACAAACUGGAUUUGUGUUUCAAUAAUCACCGGUUCAUUCGGUUCUUUAACAAAAGCUAUCGGCGAAUCCUUCGCUUUCUGGUUGUUUGCAGUUAUCGUACUUAUCGCAGCCGCAUUCGUAUUCUUCUUUGUGCCGGAAACUAAAGGCAAAUCGGUACAAGACAUUCAACUCGAAUUAGCCGGAAAGAAACCGAGUACUCAAUCUAACGGUAACGCUUAAGGUGAAUUUGUGAUAAGGUUUAAACCGAAUGGUUCCUUAUUAUUCUUCAAAGACUAAAUAUUUUCGGGAUUACCGAAUUCCUGUGAUAUGACGAGAUGUUAAGUUAAGCGAGCUUUUGUACGAGUGAUGAGAAGGUGUAUCUUUAUAUGUUAGUCAUUGAUUUCAAUAAUGACGUGUUUUUUAAUUUGUAAUAUUUUCUUAUAAAUGUAUUUCUAAAUACUUAACUUUACUCGAGUCUUUCACAAAAUCGGUAAUAAAGAGGAAAAUUUUUUGAAAUUACAACAGUUCUAUAUCAUCAUCGUAAAGUAUUAUAAUAUGCAUAUCCAAGUUACGUAAUUAUAUAUUUCGUUAUGUAGAAUUAUACCUACUUGUUUAUUUUCUUGUUGAAAAAUACUGUAUUUGUAUAGUUAUUUAAACGCUUUGUGUUUCAUGUAUUUUGUAUAAAAGUUUUAAUUUUCAAACUUUCCACGUUUCUGGAAAACAUUUACCUAACUAAAAAUGUUCAUCGUCAGAUCUGUGAAGAACGUGAAACAUUUGUAAAUUUAAUAUUGUCCUUGUAAAUAUGUUUUUUAAAUAAUCUUUCUUUGAUAUAUUUAUUUUAAUGCUUUUAUAUGUUCUUCUUUUUUUUGUUUAAAAAAAAAAAAAUGCUCUGUGUAAUUCCUGAUAAUAAACGGUUGAUUCGUAGCUAAAUUAA